CUUGCACUUAUUUCUUUGUUUUGGAGGACUGGGGGGCCAGAGCUCUAGGCUGACUGGUCAUCCCUGUGUGGUGGUGACUAAUUCGGGUGAAGGGUGCCCUGCCAGCCCUCCUGCCGGCCAUCCUGAACUAGAUUAGGCAGGUGGGCCCAUUAUUAAUGCCUCCCUCAGCCUGGACACAUUCUCUCUCCUUGCUUCUGGCCUCGCUAGGAACACUCAUUUCUCUCACUCUCUCUUUCUCUGUCUGUCUUUCUGGCUCCUACUAUCCCUGCCUGAUAAAACAUCUUUCUUCCUCUCUGUCUUUCCUGAACUCUUCGCUGCACUCUAUCCUUCACUCUGCUUUCCUCUCCUCCUUGUCAUCUCCCCAUCCAGCCCUAAGUCGGUGGCAGGAGUCCCAGCAGGGAGAUGGGAUGCUCAGCUGGGGCCAUACACUUCUGGGGCCAUCACGUUGCUCCUUCUACACCUGUGUCUGCUGGGGAGGAUUGUGGAGGGCCAGGCCCAGGAACAGAGCCAGGAGGGGGGCUACCUGCAGAUGGCCAAUAUGGCCCUACCCCAGCUCCAGAGGGACCAGACAGGGGUUCUACUCUCCACUGUCCUCCAUGCUGUGCACUGUGAAGAGCCGACUGGGGGAUCGCAGGAGCUCUGUGACAGGGGUCACGGGGGCCAGGGCCAUUCCCAUGACCUCCCCCUGGAGCACAACUGCAAUGGCCACUCACAAAGGGGCAAGUCCGUCUCCACCAUGCAGCUGGGAACUGUGGAGAACUUAGAAUGCACUGAAAUCCCAUCAGAGGAGCCUGAACCAAGAACCCUUACACAUCAGACAAGACAGGGUAUUCCUAUACUGUCUGUGAUGGUCAUCGUGGGAGACAGCCUCCAUAACUUUGGUGAUGGCCUAGUGGUGGGGGCGGCCAUCUCCUCAUCCGCCGAGACGAGCAUGGCAACCACCGUAGCCAUCCUCUGCCACGAAAUCCCUCAUGAAAUGGGUGACUUUGCGGUGUUGCUCAGCUCAGGUCUCUCUGUGAGGAAUGCAGUGAUGAUGAACUUACUCAGUGCUCUGACGGCCUUUGUCGGCCUCUUCGUCUCAACAGAACCAGAGAUCCAGCAAUGGAUCUUUAUAGUUACCAUAGGGAUCUUCCUCUAUCUGUCACUGGUAGAGAUGCUUCCAGAGAUGAGUCGUGUGAAGACCAACAGGCCCAGUCUCAUGUUCCUUCUGCAGAACCUUGGUCUCCUAAUGGGCUGGGCCUGCCUCCUGCUCCUCACCCUGCUUGAGCACAAACUCAAGUUUUGAUGACAGGACACACACGCAGGCACAUCCUACUAAUGGUAUCUGCCAUACAAUAUGUGUAAUUGAUGGCAAUGUUGACAGUACUUUCUGGUCUUGCUUCUUAUCAUUUAGACAUCUUGUUGAUUAUUAUUACUAUAUAUAUUAUUUACUGCUACUUGUCAUAAUUGUGUAAGAAUUACACUAGAAGAAGGCAUCGAACUGCCUAUUUGAAAUGCCACAAGGCAUUUUAUGCAAGUGAUAGCGAUAUUAAAGUAAGGUGAAUAAUAGCUGUGACAAACAAAUGUCAUUUUUGAUCCAGUAGUUACGCAUCUGAUUUGUUUAAAUCAGAUGCCUGCAUGUGAGAUUUAGGACAUGCACACAUUUUCUGUGUGAUGAUUUAUUUAGUUUGAUGUACUGUGUAUCAUAGGGCACAUAGCUAGCUUACAGUAUGUCUGGCACACCUACAGUCAGGUCCAUAAUUGUCAUUGUCACGUCCUGACCAGUAUAAGGGUUAUUUGUUAUUGUAGUUUGGUCAGGACGUGGCAGAGGGUAUUUGGUUUAUGUGGUUCGGGGUGGUGAUUUUGUAUAAGGGUAUUUGAUUUAUGUAUUCCGGGGUUUUUGGGCACUGUUCUAUGUUAAUGUAUUUCUAUGUUUAGGUUA